AUGACGACGAGGCCAGACGGCAGCGGCAGCGCCGCGCCCGCGGACAAGCAGCUCGUGCCGGCCUCCAACGGAAACGGCAACUCCGGCGCGCUGGCCGUGCGCAAGGCGCCGUCCAAGGACCGCCACAGCAAGGUGGACGGGCGUGGCCGGCGCAUCCGCAUGCCCAUCAUCUGCGCCGCCCGCGUGUUCCAGCUCACGCGGGAGCUCGGCCACAAGUCCGACGGCCAGACCAUCGAGUGGCUGCUCCGCCAGGCCGAGCCCUCCAUCAUCGCCGCCACCGGCACCGGCACCACGCCGGCGUCCUUCUCCACCUCAUCCCCGUCCUCGCUCCGCUCAUCGUCCUCCACCAGCCCCCACCCGCUGGCCGCCUCCGCCGCCGCGCCCUUCAUCCUCGGCAAGCGCGUCCGCGGGGACGGCGCCGACGCUGAGCCCACCGUCGCCGCCCCGGCACCGGGUUUCUGGGCGCUGCCGGCGCGGGCCGACUUCGGCCAGCUCUGGAGCUUCGCGGCCGCGCCAGAGAUGAUGGUGGCCGCGGCCGCUGCCGCGCCGGCCAUGGCCGGGGAGGCGUCCGCCGCCAGGGUCGGCAACUACCUCCCCGUCGCGCAGGGCAACCUCAACCUGCUCGCCUCCUUCUCCGGUGGGCCCGCUCCCACGGCGGCUGCCACCACCGCCGGCCGGGCCGAGGAGGAGACCGCACGCUGA